GCCAGGGGACAACGGCCAGGGUCAACGGCCAGGGUCAACGACCAGGGACAACGGCCAGGGUCAACGGCCAGGGUCAACGGCCAGGGGACAACGGCCAGGGUCAACGGCCAGGGUCAACGGCCAGGGGUCAACGGCGGCGUGGUGUGGGAAAAAGGAGGGAACCUUCCAAGCCAUCAUCCCACCCCCUAAAAGGGUCCAUCCGCUGUGGUUUUUUGGAAAUUCCCACUGACCACCACCACCACCCCUCCUGCUGCUGCUGCUGCUCCACCCCGGUGCCGUUAUUAGCACAGCAACUCCGCACGCACGAAGCCUCGUUGGGAUCCUACAACAGACCCCGUUACUGCUGCAGUGUGUGUUGUUGUGUUGGUGUGUGUUGGUGUGUGUGUUGUUGGUGUGUGUGUUGUUGGUGUGUUGGGUUGUAUUGUUGUUAAUGUAGCGACGACGUCAAGGAGAGAGAGACAGACAGAGCGAGAGAGAAUAGGAGGGUGGGGGUCUCUUUGUUUCCGCUACGAUCUUGGCGCUGAGCUAAACCUCCUCCUCGCCCGCGGCGAGUUGGUGGUGGGUUGUGGAUUGGGGGGCAGGUCGUGAUUUAACAACACAGAGUAGCAACACAGAGUAGCAACACAGAGUGUUCGUGUGUGAGUUGUAGUAGUAGGAGAUUAACACACUGUGUUGUAGUUGUUGUAUAUUAACACACACUGUGUGUGUUGUAGUUGUAGUAGUAUAUUAACACACACUGUGUGUGUAGUUGUAGUAGUAUAUUAACACACACUGUGUGUGUUGUAGUUAGUAGUAGGAGAUUAACACUGUGUGUGUUGUAGUUGUAGUAGUAUAUUAACACACACUGUGUGUGUAAGUUGUUGGUGGUGGUGGCGGUCGAUCACUGCGCUAUGGAGCUGACCCUGCCGGAAGGCGACAGGCUACAACCCACGCCGGAAGCCCUGCCGGCUAAUGGCGGGCGGGUGUUUGGACGCCGGCAGUUGGACCUGAACCACUACGCCACCAAAAAGAGCGCCGCCGAGAGCAUGCUGGACGUCGCGCUGCUCAUGGCCAACGCGUCGCAGCUUAAGGUCGUCAUGGAGCACGGCACGGCCAAUAACUUCUACGCAGUGCUCAUCGCGCUGCUAUCCGUCUCCAUCAUCUUCCAGAUUGUCGUCGGAGUCCUGCUCAUCUUCAUUGGUGGGCAACGCCUCUUCGUCCCACUGAAGUACGACCUGAACGACGCGGGAAAGCACCGCAAGCUGGACCUCCUCAACAACAUCGCCACGGGCCUCAUCUUCAUCAUUGUCGUGGUCAACGUCUUCAUCACGGCCUUCGGGGUUCAGAAGAACGGCAGUCCUGUCUCCGCAACCCAGCAGGCCCCCCAAUAGCAACCGAUAACUGGUGCACAGAUACAGAGGUUUUGUCUUCAGUCCACUCCUGGAUACGAGCCUGCCCGCGAUGUGCGGGUCGUGGGUGGGUGGGGGGGUAUUUCGUGAUGCUUCACCACGCUGGUCAGUGCGGAUGAUGUAGGGGGUGGGGGAGCGUAGAUGUAGGAGCUAUAUUAUAGCACAACAACGAAUCAUUUCCCCAAUACGUUCCUGCUGCUGGCAACAUAGCCGCAAAGCAGGCUACAACACCUGUAUGUACACAUCUCGAACUUAUUUCGCACCAAUCAUAGCCAACCGUGUUAAAGACGGUGGUCGCCCAUCCAAGCACCGUCCAGGCUCAAUCCACCUGAGCUUCUGAGAUCUGAUGAGGAGAUCGGAUGAUUUAUUCACGUGCAGUAAAUCUGAUUAAUAUUAGCCUGUAAAGUAAUUAAGUAUAUGCUUAUAGAUUGAGGAGGCAGCCAACCCUUAGCUCAAUAAUUUUAAGGGGCACUUGCCUUGGCUCAAGUUCACACUUCACAACUCCGCACCACAGCAUCAGCCAAUGUGAGCAUCACACCGCCUCUUUCAUGUAGUAAAUGCCACUCAGCUACAGUAAGUAAAACUGUCUCUGGGCACUCCAGUUCCCUUCCUUAGAAAAUCGAAGCAGUCCUUAAAAUGGACUUGCACAUACAGUAAAACCUCGUUAUUUCGGCAUUUGAACCGUAUGGCGGGACCCCGGGGUCUCGAAUUAAUGGAAGUAAAAAUCGUAAUUAGUUUCUUUUUGGCGACUCCGUCCCACCGCGCACAUAAACGCCGCGACCCGCCUGGCGCGGGUCAUUCCGUUCAAGCGCAGCGGCGAGGACGAAUGCGCAGAAGAAACAAAACUUUGAAACUUUGAUUUGCGCUUCGUGUAGACCUCGUCGAGAGGAAUAUAUUUCCGUAUCGUUUGCCUUCAACAGACAUUAAAUGACGUCGCAACGCAGUGUAUGCGAGAGCCGGGGGCUGAUGGGCCACCCCAGGGUCCCCCCAUCAGGUUCAUUUGAUGAUUCUUAAUUGGGGAUAAUUGGGCACGGCUGCGCUUUUGGCAUAUAUACAGUAUUAGUAUACAGUAUUAAUAUACAGUACCAGUAUACAGUAUGAGUAUACAGUAUCAGUAUACAGUAUUAGUAUAUAUGCCGGAGGAGCCACUGUGGAGUACCAUUAUAUAUAAUUCGGAAUAUUGGAUAAUUCAGCAAGGCCAGAGCCCCAUAUGUGUUUGAAUUAACAAGGGUUUACUGUAUGUCCAAUUGUAGGAUAUUUCUGGACGAUAAUUUUGAGUUUAGAUGGAACAUAAAAAAAAAAAUCUCUGGUGUGCAACUGUCGUCACCCAGAACAGGCCAUGGAACAUAUCAGAAUCAUUAUUCAGACUGGAGGAAUCUGAAGCUCUUUUUCACAUAUGUCCAGUAGAAUUUCCUUGUUUCACAGAUAACAACUCAAAUAUGAAGGAGGCAUCACAGCGAUGGUUCACCACUCCAUUUCUCCUGACGCAAUCGUCUGGCUCAACCAGCUCAAUGUGAAAUUACAGUUGUUGCUCUACAGUCUACAUCAACAUCGGUCACAUGAAGAAGAAUCUUGAGUCUCGGUUUGGUUUAGUUGGAUAGAUACAUGGCAAUGUUAUUGUCGCUAGCAAAUAAUUAACAGUUACUUUUAUUUUCCCAAGAAUGCCUCACUUGAGUCGCAAUUUAUUUUAGGAGGAUCUUGAAUUUACAUAUUUGGCUAAUUUCUCCAGUGUCUUGAGAAAGUGGAUUAAGGGGGGGUGGGGGUGGUGGUCUUUGCCACCAGCAAUAAUCACCUCCGAUUAGCGCGGUUGGCUACGUACGGUGCGAAAGAAGUUCAACAUACAUACAUACAUAGAUGACGUUAAAGGCCACGCCAUGUGUGAAUUGGAGCCAUGGUUUGUGGGAAUCCGCCAAGCCCGGCUGGUUUGUAGUCGCAUGAUGAGCUGCAUUCAGGACCAUGCCGUCCGUUUCCUGUGCAGCAACGUGCACGCGUUGACUGUGUGCUGAGUCGGGCAUUAAAGCCUACAUUAGCGAUUGACGUUUGCAUUCAGAUUAAUUAUUGGAGCAUAAAGUCAAUGGUAAAACAUUUUGUCAUUUUGUUAUUUUACACAUUGGCUUUCACGACCAAUGUUACGAUUCAUAUUUAUUUUAUUUUAUGUUAGAUCAUCGUGUAGGUAUUAUGUAAAUUAUACCCGCACGAUUUAACGUUGAUUGAUUUUAAGUGUUAUUUUAUAACAUCUGUAUUUCAUACUUCUGCAUUUUAACUCUUCGCCCAUAACAUCCUUCCUUAAAACAUAAAAAACCCACCGUUUUCUCGGAAACAGAUGAGUUGUUCUUGCGUCAUGUUUCUGACUUCUUUCGUUUCCAGAAGGCGUGCCGUCAUGACACAAUCCGUGAACCCUGACAGACCCAUUGAAGCCCGCUACCCCCUGAAUUCCUGUGGAUACGUUGAGUAGAAAAACACUGAAAGCAGCCUCUACGACGGGUGCCCAUGCCGAGUUUCGGUCAUCAGAAAAGAGGACGGCAAAUCCCCGCCGGUUGUGCUGUACUACAGGCUCUCCGACUUGUUUUUGGGUUGUAAAGCACGUUCCUUGGAAUUACAGUCUGUUCUCCUAUAACGGCGCUAGUUGCGUUCCUGAAGAACGCUGCAUUAUGAAAAAAUCGCGUUAUGAUAAAUCAUGUGAAAUUAAGGGUAAAGCACAGUCCGCGAUAACACGUGACUAUACGUAACGCAGGCUGAACAAAUACCGAGGCGUGUGGGUAGCAUCUAGAAGCAUAUAGCAGAAUCCCGUCUUGCGUGAUGCUAUGCCGAGAGGCGGCUGUACAACCGCUUAUUCAUAUUCAUGCGACGUAGUUCCAUUCACUCAAUUGCAUUUUAUCCAAUACGCGUUAAAACAAAAACGUCGUCCCUAAUACAUUCAUCCCAUUUCUAUCCAAUUCGCGUGAUGAAAACACGCCAUAUAGAAGAACAGACUGUACGUCCUGUCGCGGCAACAUGUGCUACAGCAUAAAAAAGACCGUCGAAGAGCGAUUUGUUAAAUGGUUUGACAACGAAAAAAAUGCUUGCAAUGUUUGCAACAAUAACAUUGGUGAUGAUGGACAAUAUUCUCUUUGUCAGACGGUGACAUUCUGCAAGUAAUUGUCAGAAAUUACUUAACCAAUUGCUCCUGAGGUUGUCUGAUCAGAUUUAGCCUUUUUUUAAUAGAUUGUGAACAAAUAACCUUGCACACAUGCUGUUUUUGAUUUUGUUCGGUGAUUGUUUUGCUUACCUGAAAUGUUAUACUGUACUGUGUUUUUUUUUUACUUCAUGUCACAACCUAUUUAGGCACAAUAUGCAUGCAGGUAUAACUGUACAAGGUAUUUACAUCAUAAUUCUCAAAACUGCAUUUGAGGGUGCUUACAUUAUGGAAGUUUGUUCAUAUUUUAUAACAUUAAAUUCGUUGAAUUCUUCUUGAGAAUUUGCAGGUGCACAAAAUGCCACUGAGCCACAUGGCAAAGUUAAGAGUACUGCUUAUAUAAUCUUGUUUACAAGGUAAAUUAUAAUAGUUAUGAUUUACUAGGAAUACUACCAUGGUAUCAAUUUGGUUAACACACUGAACUGAGGUCUCCUGGUGCAACACACUGGACAUAUAUACUGUACAUUGCCUCACCAAAAUACAGUGUAGAUGGCUUUGUCCCAUUCAAUCAGUAGAUCGCAUCGAAGAGUAGGCCAAAUACCACUCGAGAGGGGUUCUAUAGAGCUCCCUCUAGUAGGAGGCUCUUCCACCAGCAGUGGCAUGAGCAAGCAAUUGCAGGACUGCACCUUUACCGUUCUACAUUGCUUUGUAAAUAGUUUCAGGAAGAUACGGACUUGCUGUCAUUGUGCAGAGGCUUGGGCGGUACAUUUGGCUCAUGGUGUAUCGGGAAACAAACACUGGGAUUCCCAUUCCUGUAUUUUAUUGUUCACUUAAUUACGUACAGGCAAUGCACGUGACUUUUCGUAUGAAAGGAGAGCACAAUUGUGUACACAUUGACUUGACGGUGAACUUGCCAGAUGACUGUGUGGCUCAUGGCUUGCAAUAAUCUCGGCUUUCCAUUUCUCUGUGGUCAAUAAAUUAGGUACCACUUUGUGGGAAUUCAUAAGUGGUAGUCCUAUGGUAUAUAGCCUGUGCCAUAGGAACAUGGAAUUUCCACCACUGGCUCUGGCCUCUAAACCUUGCGCCAUGCUUAUCACAUUUAUGAGUAGAAUUUACUCGAUAUAUAGAGUGUAACCACACGGUGUUCGUCUUCUCACCGUAAACCUCAAGCGCAUGAGACUGUCGUGGUGAGGAGGGGGCCGGCAAACUCCAGGCUCAUAAAAUCAACAACCCCUGCUGAAUGUUUUAACAAUUGUAAAGUUCAAUUGAUUCAUUCGUGAGAAUUGGAGAUUUGGUUCUCAUGCUCGUAAUACAUGCCUUGAAUUGUGCAUGUCAAAGUGUAUUUCGGAUCGUCAGCAUCAGUCAUGAUCAGUCAAUCAUUGGAUGAAUGUCUCUAGCGGUUGCCUCCUCUCAUCAUGCAACGAUUUGAUGUGCUCCGUACCUGACACGAACUGAUUUACUUGCUUGUAACCUCGGUUGACCUCCAACUCGUGAUUUAUCAAAAUUAUUUGCAAAUUAUUUGCUCAUGCUACCUUAAGCUGUUUGGAGCAAACACAACUACAAAAAAAAUUAUUUUUUAAAUGUACAUUUUCAAUUAUAAAUAUAUACCCCUGUUUGGUUCAAAUGUCGUACAUUGAUUGGCCAGCCUCCAUCCCAGUUGCCAGUGUACCAUUUGUGUAAAAAAAAUGUGUACCUCUGCUAUGGACAGUUAAAAUUUGUAAAAGUAGCCUGUGCACCAUGAAUAAUGUAGGAGCGUGACAGUCUGCAUUCCAGACAUCUGAUCCUACCGGUGUAAAUGAGUGGGAGUCUACUUGAUUUGUUGUAUACUGUCGUGUGAAGAAUGUGAGACUUUUUAUACAGUGGGUGUAUUGUGCACCAGUUAUUUAUCUGAAACUGCUUUGCAUUUUAGGCAGAAUGUCUUCCAAGUCCCAUAUUUGGUGAUGAAGGCAGCGACACUUGUGGUGUAAUGAUCCACAUUCACUGGGUUUCCAAUCAGAAUGAGGGGGGAAAUGGAGGUAGCCAAGCAGCGAGAAAAAAUUGCCAAGGGCCUAGGUUUGAAUCCAGGCAGCUGCCUGGUGAGUAAAAGUGGAUUUUCAGUUUGAGCGAGUUAGUGGUCUCAGCCCAUUCACCAGUGACUACACAAACAACCCAUCGGAUACAUUUUAUUUAAAUUUGGCCAAAUUCUAGACCAGAAUGCACAAGAUAGUUUUUCAGCUCACAGCAGAGUUUGUGGGUAAGUGUGCACUCUACUCUGUAAAGAACAAAAAAGCAAGCCCUGUGAAAGAUAUCUUGAGCAGGUCGGUUUCAUGUAGCACAUGGGGCACACUGCACUUGAGAUGUAGAAUUAGAUUCUUCAUCUCGUGAGCAAUGGUAAUUGGGGAAAAUAGACGAUGCAUUUAUUUGACAGCAUGAGUUGAUUCACAGUUUACGAGUUGAUUAACAGUUUUCUAAUACGGAAUUAUUUCUCAUUAACCACAGCUCGUGUUGUGUACCUUGGUUUAUUAUUAUUUUUAGCUCCUUUUAACUAUGGAUGGAAUUCUCCUCUAAAGUCGUAUUCACUGAUUAAAUCUUGAUUCAGGAAUUCAUACUCUUUGGGUCUUUCGGUCCAGUCACGUAAAUCUAAAUAAUAGAUCGCGACGUUUCGAUCGCACCUGAAGACGAUUGCUUGUGUUGCGAUCGAAACGUCGCGAUCUGUUAUUUCUAAUAUGAUAAUUGGUUUCGAUUUAAAGCUUUCGUGACUGCAGGGAUUCAUCUUCUUGGUUCUUUCUACGUUACUUUACCGAAAGAACCAAGAAGAUGAUAAUUGGUUUUUUACCCUUUUAUCUGGCAACAAAACUGUUUUACAAGGAGUCAAGUUUGCAUAGACCACAAUACCUGCAGUCGUAAUGCAAACACAAAACAUAACUAUGAUAAUGUAUGCACUGUCCUUGAAAUUGAUUGGUCCACACCCGAGACAGCUUUCCUUAGAGCCUAGUCUCACCCUGAUGUUGGACCAGAUGACGCCUAAAAGGCGCGCAACUCAAAGACAAUGCACCAUCAGAGUAUGAGAGCUCGGGGUAUAAGCAUUUACAUCAUUGGAACCUCCUUUACAGGCAAAUGAGGUUCCAAUGGUCUAUUAUUUCUAUUUGGACCGAAAGCCCCAAAGAGUUCGUAUUCACAGCAUUCCAAAUGCACUUAAAUUGUUUUAAGGGCAUACAUUUGUAUCCUGUUGAAGAAUAGAAUGCAUUUUUUUCGAAGGACAUGCACGGUUCAAUCCCUCCUUUUCAGUUUCCAAAGAACGUGAGUGCCAGUAUUCAGCACUUAUUCGAAAACGGUGAAUUGGAAACUAAGCAAAUGAGUGGAAAAAGCGGCACCUGAGUAUACAUUCUUGAUUGCAAUAUUUUGAAUUCCAGAACUUUGCCUUGAUUUACUUGUGUAGUUCCUGUAACAUAGAAAAUAUGAAUGGGCAUUUAGAAAUUACUUGAGGAAUUGUAGUUUUACAUGAUAUUUAAAUUAGGUUUUGUGCACACCUAAUUUUAAUAUCAUGGCAUGAAUAAAUAAAAUGUCUGCAUUGUGACACAGACAACGCCAAUACGCGUGUUAAGGAAUAAUCAUGUCUUCAAAAUAAGUAUUUGGGUCACAUUUGGACAAUACUGUAAUUAGGCUUGCAUAGAAAAAUGCUCGCGCUCAUUAAAAGUUAACUGUAUUGAUUUUUAAACGCCAGCCGCUGCAUUUAUUUACUCCGUGGAAAAUUAAUUACGUUGAGGCCUUACAGUUUUGAAAAAAGUCAUGACUUUUUUCUUGUUUAUAUAUUUCAUUGACAACACGUGAAUUACGUUUGGAUGCAAGUUACUUUUUAAAGCUAACGCACAUAAAAUAGCCUUCGUAAACUUUUUAAGUAGCAAUUUUUAAAACGUCUUUUUUUUCAUACAUUAAUACGAUUUCUCAGGGAAAAAAUAUUCCCUCUUUUUGUACUGUGGACUACAUAAUGCGCUUGUAUGCACAGUCUAGUAAAAAAAUGCGUGACAUUU